GAUUGGUUUCUCACAGCCAGUGAGAGCUCUGUUGUGCAGCGCGCGGGUUUGCGCAGAUCGGAUGAGGAACAUGUCUGCGCUCGUGUGUGUUUUGUCUGUAGUUUAAUUCCGCACGGGAUCGAGUUUGAUUAUCGCAGCAUGUUCAGCGCCACACCAGACACGGAGCAGUCAACACACUCCUCCACGAUCACAGCUCUGCUCGCGCACAGAUCUCUGAAGAGACGCAGAGAUGAUGAGAAGCGGCUCCAGGAAUCUUGUGUGAAUCUGCUGAUGAGACACCAGAACACAUCAGAGCUGCUGCUGGAGAUCACAUCACAUGGUAAGGUCCGAGACAUCAGCUGUGACGGAUAUGAAGGGCUGCAGCUCAACGCAGACAUUCAGACGUCUGUUCUGGAGGAUGAGCUGCGGAGGAGAUCGGAGCAGAUGGAGGUUCCAGUCGGGCUGCUGGCAGUCAGAGUUUUGUCUGGAAACAUUCGGGAUCUGAUCACACACACAGACACUAACGCACAUUGUGUGUUACUGAACGCUGAACAGAGAACUGAUGUGUGUGCGUUAGUGAAGUCCGCUCGAGCGCUGAUGUCUGCUGGGAUAUUCAGCCCUGAACUCUUCUGGCAGGAAUACUGGAAGCUGCAGCCUGUGCUGGAGGUGACGUAUCAUCUACACACACACAACAUCCUCACGCUGGACUUCAUGCUGGACAGAGAUGCAGCAGCUGUGACCUCAUGGAUCACGGAUCAGCUCAAAGCUUUAUGUGUUUCCAUGACAACAACAGCGGAUGAGCAACAGAUGCAACAUCAGAUUCUCUCCACUGUAGUGUGUGUCCUGGUGCGGAGGGCCUUUGAAGACUCCAGUCACAAACUCUCUGAGACCUGCGGCUCGAUUCUGGACGCCAUGAUGACCUGGCUGCUGGAUUCAGUGAGUGAGAAAGGCUCUGAGACGUCAGCCGCUGCGCUCUGGGUUCAUGUGUUUGAUGCCUCAGUGUUCGAUGUGUGUGUUUCUGAAGACACACUGCAGCGAUUCUUCACACACUCGCUCACGCGUGUUCUUACACACCAACCCGUCUUUAAAGUGUCAGAUGCCAUCGCUAUACAGAGUGAAUGGACCUUUGCUAAAACCCUUCCGUUGCUGACGGCUAUCUUCCGUAAGAUCUGUCUCGUCUUCAGUGUGGAGUGUGUGUUGAAUCAGCUGCAGCAGGUCUUGGAGACUCAUGAGGUGAACUGGUGUCAUGUUCUCUCGUGUCUGUCUCAUCUGCUGAUCCAUCACUCGCAGACGCAGAGCCUUCUCACAGAUCUGCUGUCCAGGCUGCUGAGAUCAGCGUUCGACAGCUACGACUUGGAGAAGAUGAUCACAGUGUUCCUGUUGGCCCGUCAGGCGUCUCUCGAGGGACCCGCCGUCUUUCCCUCCUACAGCGACUGGUUUAAAUUGUCGCUUGGUGGAUCUAGCAGUUUUCACGCUAAAAGCAGGAAGUCCACAGUGUUUCUCCUGAAGUUCCUGUCAGAUCUGGUUCCUUUUGAACCGCCACAGUAUCUGAAGGUUCAUGUCAUGCAUCCUCCAUAUGUCGGAGGAAAGUAUCGCUCUCUCCUGCAGGAGUACGUCACGCUUGCCAAGACCCGCCUGAGAGAUCUGAAGGUGUCGCUGGAGGAGACGAGCAUCUUUGAGGUGGUGAACGGCUCCGCCGGUGUGAUUGAAAGUCCAGCGCAGCAGGAUGUGGAGAAGGCUGUAACUCUCUUCAUGAGCACCAAUAAGAUCCCAGCGACGGUGAUAGAGGCCAGUAUCUUUAGGAGGCCGUAUUUCCUGUCUCGUUUCCUGCCUGCUCUCCUCUCUCCGCGUGCGCUUCCUGUGACGUCAGAUGCCAGAAUGAUCUUCAUUGAGGCCUUGAGGAAGGCAGAUAAGAUCCCGGCCGCCCUCUACACGUCAUACACAGACUCCUGUGAGAGAGAGACGUACCGACAGAAACAAGGUGUGGGUGAGUCUAGUGAGGAUGAUCACCAGAUGAUUCUGCGCGAGCAGUUCCUUCACCUGAGGAGAAUGAUGACUGAUGGGACCGCUGACGCCGAUGUUCGCGCUCAGCUGUCCAGGAUCUCUCUGACUUUGAGGAACAUGCAUCCUGAUGAAGAGACAGGAAGUGAUGUCAUCACGCUGAACCUGGAUUCGCCUGAUUCAACACACUCUGCCGUCGCCAAUCUGAUCUUGCAGAGCUUCUGUCUGUGUUUACUGGAUGCUUCCAGAAUCAGCCCUCCUAACAGGCAGGGUUCGUGGCCGGGUGUCUUUGUGAAGGUUCUGCUGGGUCACAGAUGGCUCGUCUCAGCCUUGAUACACAGACUGUGGGAUCUACUUCAGCACCAGGCCGAGGCACUGAGCGCCGCUCAUGUGUUGGGUUUGGCGGCGCUGCAGGUGGAGCUGCAUCACUGCAGACACGCGUGUCCUCGGGUGCAGCUGACGGGCUCGUCUGCAGUCGCUCUCUCUGUGUCCCAGUGUCUCUGUGAGGCUCUGAUCUGCUCCACACGCUCACACAUGGCCCUCUGCCUCAGGUUGUGUGUGGCUGUUCUGUCUUAUGGGCUGUGCAGAGCCAAUGCUCAGUCAGAGGAACUCCAGAACUUCAUCCCAGAAACACUUUAUAAAAAGGCUCAGUAUGUGAUGGCCAGACUCGUCCCAGAGACCCGAACACACUUGAGCGAUGAAGAUUCAUCUGAUACCUACUCAGAUGUUUCUGAUCUCACUGGACGAGUGAAAGACUCGGCUGUGGCUCUGUGGAGAAACGCACAGAUCCGAUCCCUGAAGAAACAGCCUCAGUAUCAGCUCUCUUUCUCUGAGUGGCUCUCAGCUGAACUUCAGGUUCAACGGAGCCAAGAUGCACUGACAGAUCCAGACAGGCAGGAGUACGAGCAGUGGGCGUGUGAACAGUAUUAUAUGCACAUGUCUAAACAUGAUGGAGGAUGUGAAGGAGAUGUGACGCAGAUCUGCGGUCACAUCAUCAGUGCUGUUAUAGACCAGCACACAGCGUCACGAACAGGAGACAGUUCCCAUGAACACACAGACAGCUGUCUGCCUGACCUGCUGUCGCUGUUACAGGCGUUACUGUAUGAAGUGGUGGUUACUCAGCACUGUGCAUCAGAUGAGACGGGUCACUUCCUCUGGGACCUGAUUGACAGCAGGUGCUCGGUGACCCCUGACUCUGACAGCAUCGGACAGGAGCUGAAAUAUCAGCAAACGCUUCAUAACGUCAGCCGGGUUCUUGUGCUGCUUCCUGCUGUCCUGCUGGUGAACGUCAGAACAGACCGGAAAACUCUGGACUGCCAUCGGAUGAUCGAACACAUCAGUCAUGUUCAGAGGAGGGCGUGUUGUUCUGCUGGUCUGCUGUCUUUCAAUCUCACGGCUCACUUCCUCAAAGCGGUCGUGAGUGGCAGCGUGAGCUGUGCUGGUCCUGCUGAUGCAGUGAACGCGUGUCUGUCUGAGUUCAGCACUCAGUGUCCACUUCUGCUGCUGUCUGCUGCGCGCUGGUGGAGGCAUCUGUCUGCGGUGCUGAGCUCACAGUGGAAGCGUUUGACCGGACGACCGGACAUGCUGCCUCAACAGCUGCAGAUGCUGGACAACAGUCACAGCUGGAGCUCACGGCUGGUUCGGGGACUGGUGUCCGCUGCGCCACCGGCUCCAUCAUGGCUGCUGUCCGCAUCUCUGCACAGUUUUCUAAGGAGAUCAGACAGUGAGAACAUGAAACGGGUUCUCAGACAGUUGGACGAGACUGACACGCAGGUUUCGCUCUUCCUGUUUCUCUACAGCGUCAUAGAGCUCAUCUCCGCUCACCUGAACGAACAGGUAUCACACAACACAACCCAGACACAUUCUCUCAGCAGGAACAGGACUGUCACUGAUGACGUGUGUUUCCAGGCCGCGGCGUGUGUGAAGCGCAUCAGAGACAUGAGCGUCUGUCUCCUCACUCACCUUGUGCACGAUUCUGAUUGGCUGCGGCUGUUUGAUCAGUCUGGAUCAGAUCACAGACUGUCUCAUUUCACGUCACGUGUGGCGUCUCCUCAGAUACUCAGACUGAUGCCGUUUGCCUUCUACAGCAUUCUCACUGUGGUGGAGUCAGAGGUCCUGAUGCGUGCGAUCCGGUCUCCUGGCUUCCUCUACAGCGCUGCCGUCUGCUACAGGGAUCUCAGUCAGCUCUUCAUGAACGGCUCGCAGCAGCAGGUCCUGCUGGAGGCCCGGCGACUUCUGAUGAGCAGCAUCUCUCUGAGCCCACGCAACUGUCUGACGCUCAGCCAGAGAAAACAGCUGUGCUCAGAAUACGAGCAGCUGGAUGCAGAAAUAUCAGCGGCCCUCGCACACUUCACAUGAGAAAUGACAGGUGACAAUGUCAGUAGCGGAUGUGAUUCUCAGUAAACAGACGUUCUUCACGUUAUGAAGGGACUUUUGUGUGUUUGACUGAGUGUAACAAUAAACCACAAUGAGCUCUCACCUCUGACUCUCCUGAGCUCUGUUCCAAACUCCAGUGAGCUGCUGCCGAGAAAAAGACCAGAACAAACCAAUCAGCUGCCAGUGAUGCAGCGAAGCCACGCCCACUGCACCUCCUGCUCCAGACUUCAGCAGCUCACAGUGACGGACAUCACCCGGCGUUUGCUGCUAAUUAUCUAGAUGUAUUUUAUAUCCUUAAUACACUACACACAAGCAAUUAUAUUUUAAGUUAAUAUUCAACUUUUAAAUAUAAUAUAUGUAUAUAAAUCAAAGUUUUAGAAUAUGUAAAGCUUUUAAAAUUGUAUAUUUUUCAUAACAGUCUCCUAAUGGUCAGCAGAGAAGUGAAUCACAUGUUCAUCAAACUCUGGAUCAAACCCUGAGAUUAUGGAGCAUUUAUAGUGAGCGCUGUGAACCGGCCAACACUAAACCUACUCUCAAACUGAGUUUGUUCAACUAGCUUCCUGCCACAGGUUCUGCUGCAUGUGUGGUUUUGUGUGCAGCUUGUGAGAAUAAAAUAUUGCCUUUGGCUCAGUGUU